GAUCUCCGUCUGAAUCUGUCAAAAGCCCUAGCAAAACCCUAGCACCCAAAUCCUUAGUCCGUUUAGCCGUUAUAUACGUGUUCACUCUCGGAUCACCGGAAGUAAAUCUAUAGACUCGUUGAGAAGACGAUUUUCAUUUGCAAAGGAUUUGGAGUAUUAGUGAAACCUGAGGAAAAUGUCAAACCCGAAAGUCUUCUUUGACAUCUUGAUUGGGAAGAUGAAGGCAGGGCGUGUUGUGAUGGAGCUAUUUGCAGAUGUAACACCGAGAACAGCGAAUAAUUUCCGUGCACUGUGCACAGGAGAGAAGGGAAUUGGGGAAGCAGGAAAGGCAUUACACUACAAAGGCUCAGCCUUUCACCGUAUAAUCCCAGGAUUCAUGUGCCAAGGUGGAGAUUUCACUCGUGGGAAUGGAACUGGAGGAGAAUCGAUAUACGGGUCUAAAUUUGCGGACGAGAACUUCAAGUUGAAGCACACUGGUCCAGGGAUUUUGUCUAUGGCUAAUGCAGGUCCCAACACCAAUGGAUCUCAGUUCUUCAUCUGCACAGAGAAAACAUCGUGGCUUGAUGGGAAACACGUUGUGUUUGGGAAAGUUGUGGAUGGGUACAAUGUGGUCAAGGCAAUGGAGAAUGUUGGAUCUGACAUGGGAACCACCUCUGAGAAAGUUGUGAUUGAAGAUUGUGGUGAGCUCAAGGACGAAACUUCAUAAAUCUCAAACACAUUGGGUUGAUCUUAGGAAGAUAUCCCUUUUUCACUUUCCUUAACCUGAAUAAAACUGUAUGACCUAUCUUUUAGCUUAGUAAGCUCUUUUGAGCAUGAAUCUAUACUUGUUUUGAAACUA